AUGUGUGUAGAUACUCUCAUCACCUACACUGCUUGCAAUUGCAAGAUCAUGAUCAAAAGUAUUUGUUUUGAUCAUAUUCAACAUACUCUCAAGCAGGAAGAUAGGAAUCUAUGCCCUAAGAAGAUUCCUGGUCUUUAUACAAUCAGAACAAGCCCUAACCUCUGCUUCCUCAAAUCCGGCAGUAAACUCGAAGACGGCCGCAUCUUCCGCCAUGGCUCCCAUCGCACACGUCACUACUACGAGUUCGAACGCGAUCCCGAUGAUCCCAAGAAGCGUUGGGAGAGCUGGGAACUUAAGAAUCGCGGUAAAUCUCGUCAGAGAACUGAUAGUAUGGAGGCCAAUAUCAGUGCUGGUGAAGAUAGGAGACACUUGAAUCUUGAGGCUGAUAAUCAUGAUGAUGAUAGUCACAAGGAGAGAGAAUCUCAGAUCAGAGAGUGGCAAGAAGAGACGAAGAAUAAUAGACCACCUAGAGUAAAGAUUGAGGAUGAGGAGAAGAUGGUUGAGAAGGAACAACCGGCUCCAGGUCGAAAGACGGUCAAUCAUGUUCUUUAUGAUAUGUUUGAUUCGCGCAGCGAUGAUGAAUUCUCUGAUGAUGAUGAUUGGAAGCCUGAGGCUAAGAUUGAAGUCGACCCCGGACAUACAGUCCCCUGGUCCUCCAACAACUCUCGCUCUUUCUCAGACUCUACACGUGCAAGUGGCACCAACACCAACACCAACACCACCCAAGAAGCAUAUACCUCACCCACAUCCCGCGACGAUGGAGGUCUCUUCAGCAAUCACAGCCCCAACGCUAUCCACGACGCCGAGACCCAUCGUCCCGCGACCCCUCACUCCCAAUUCAACUUCAAUCCUCCCUUCAGCGGCACGCACACCAAGUACACUCACAGCUCCGACAAAUCGCACUCGAGUCACGGAUCCAGAUCUAGCUCUACCCGUACCAACAACAACAACACCAACACCAACACCAACACCAUGGAUUUCGGAUCUCCCAAACACCGAGCUCAGAUUCCAGCAGAGGGACCACCUAGAAGACAUGAUGUGUAUCGUCCGCAUUAUCCUUCUAUGUCCGUUGAUGCACAUUCUAGCUUUUGGGCUGGUCAUCUUAAUCAAGCAUCGCAUAAUACAGGUACCAAUCGUCCGCCGCCGUACUUUCCGAGUCCUUCGACUCUUGCGCCGCAUAAUGAUGUAGCUGGUGGUGCAUCUGGCCCCAUGGGAGUAGAUGGUGGAAAUACCGCCAGCGGAGAUGGAGAAAUCCGGGGUGUAUAUGGUAAUUACACAAGUGGAGAAAAUCACGAGAGAGAGAACAAAAAAGCUCGAGUCGACAGACCUGGUCCUAGCAAUCUCGAUUUCGAUUUCGAUAAUACCUCCAGCCUUUUCGCAAACAAUGAACGUGGAGAAAUGUCAAGAGACGAGAGCGAAAAACAGAGGGUUAAUGGUAUUAAAGAUGCCGGAGAUGAUGUUGAGAUGGUUGAAUAA